UGCAGAUCUCACCAUGGACUCACUGACCAGUUGCGUCUGUGUGGUACUGCUAGUCGCCGUCCUCACGCCUUCAGAUGUGGAGUCAUACACAGACGUGUACAUAGACGGGACGGCAGUGGAAGAGCAGCCACCCAAACACCCGUACCUGUGGUUCGGUCCUCGCCUGGGUCGCCGCAAAAGGACUAUCGAUGAGGCAGUCCUGCCCAAGAGUCCUAUAUUUGAGGAAGCCGUCAUCAGCGUCUUUGACGACACACCGUGGGCGCUUAUGCCUUUGAAAAACAUGCAGGAGCGUGCCCUGAUGGGGAUGAGCCCACGCCAGGAAGAGGAAGUGCCCGAGAAUUCCAAGGCCCCGCCUUUCGCCCCACGUCUGGGCCGCCGCCGCAAGAUGCUGCCAUUCUCUCCUCGCCUUGGCCGCGAGCUCUCCACCGAGCCUCUUGACAGAUUCGAGAGGAGCGUCUCCGACGAAUCAAAUAAAACCCAUUAAAACUAUGAUAAAGUAGUUUGAUAAAUAAACAUUUGAUUUUUCAUUAAGGUUA